UCAUGUGGACUCUUCUCUUCUCAACUCUCCCCAAAACCUGCUUCACAUUAUGGGAAAUGUAGCUCAUGCCAAUAACCAUGUUUAGAAACGGACCCACUUUCAAGUUCUUAAAUGGGAGAUCCCACAUUUCUGUUAUUCCAUAUGUGUAUGACAAUGACAGCAUCUUACACCAAUGGUAUUCACAGUUCUAAAACUAGCCAGUGUGCACCAAAAUCAAAAUAUAUCCCAUCACACACAGCGCCGCUCCAUGUGGUAUCCUAGCAACCAGAAAGACAACAAAUGCCUGAAACACACGAACUAAAGUCAUUGAGCGCUUUUCAUCGUAGCUAAAUAAUGUAAAACACAUUUUUUUCUAAUUGGCUACGUUUAAAACUGAUCAUGAGUCAAAAUGGAAAUCACCGGUGUCCAGACGUGUUGUCUGAUAAUCCGGAGGAGAGGAUAGCAGCUCGCCGGCUCCGGAUUGCUGCACGAAAUGAAGUCAAGAAAAGACAGGAGCAAGGAGAGGGCUCAAGUAAGAAGGUGGAGGAGAAGGAAGAGGCCAAAAGCCAGGAGCAAGUGGAACGGAGCGAACGGCGAAUUAAAAAGCUGCAGAUCGACGGAACAGAACUGGUGAGCAACAUCCAAGUGGCAGCAGAUGCACGUGAGUCACUCAAGAGGGAUGAGCUGGAAGAGGCCCGCAGAUUGAGGGUGGAGAAGGAGGAAGCAGAGGCGAAGUCAAGCCUGGAGAAGUUUGAGGAGAUCAGUAAGAGAUGGUUGCAGGCGAAGCUGCGUGAGGUCCCUCAGGAGCUCAGAGACGCCCUCAACAGCCAGACUCAGCUAUGUGCCACUCUAAUAGAGGACAAGAACAAACUCAUCACUGACCUGCAGCAGGAGCUGAAGGUCUCUGAUGACAGGUAUGUGAGAGACCUGAAACGGCAGGCAGAUGAGGUGGACCUGAUGACGGAGAGGAUGGAAGAGCAGAUCAAAACACUCAUCACCUCCUACAGAGAGGAGGUCAAGGAGAUACAGUGCUCGUUUGACCAGGAGCAGAAAGCCCUGCUGGACGGGAACCUCCAAGGAUGGGAACAACUGAGAAAAGCCAGAGGAGAUAAAGAGGUGCAGAGUCUUGGAGAAAGGAUCAGCCGAGUGGAGGAGUUUGAGGUGCUGCUGCAGAAGCUCAGGGUGGAGGAUUCGGAGGAGUACAAUAUGAUCAAGUCCAAACUGGAGACAGACGUGCAGGUCCUGCAGCAGCAGCUGCACCAGAUGAAGGCCACAUACCAGCUGAACCAGGAGAAGCUGGAGUACAACUUCCAGGUGCUGAAGAAGCGAGACGAGGAGAACACCAUCACCAAGUCCCAGCAGAAACGGAAGAUCACCAGAUUACAGGAUGUCCUGAACAACAUGAAGAUCAAAUGCACCAAACAGGAGAAGCAGAGCCGAGAGGAGAACCAAUCACAGACCGAGGACUACAGGCGCAUCAUGCUGCAAUACAAACACAUGCAGAAGAAAAUGAGGCACUUUGCUGUCAUGGACGCACAGAAGUUCGCGGAGGUGUGGCACAUGAACGACGAUGAGGUGAAGGAUCUGGUUAGCCGAGGCCUGGAGAUUGACAGGCUGAUCUACCAACAGCAGCUGGGCCUGAAGUGGGCCCCGCCCCCUCUGCCCUUCAUGCAGCACAGUGGGCCUGUCAGGCCGCAGGGCCAGGCCUUUAGCUCCGCACUCCAGACCGCCACGAAAAUGCUGGAAAUAGAGGAAGAGGAAGAGGAAGGGAGGGUGGAGGAAGAGUCCCAGACCACGGCUGCAGAAGGAUCAAGCAGUGAGGUUCAUGUCACAGGAAGUGAGACAGACGGUACAGGAAGUGGGGUGGAAAAGCAUGGGAAAGUGUCUCCAAAGACAGUGAAGAGGCUGCUGGAGUUACUUUGCAAUGAAGCGGGCUUCCUCAUUGAGAGUAAACUGCUGAAACUGCUCUCUCCCCUGGAGAAAAAUGAACAAUCCCUCAUGAAGCUGGACUCCAUUUUCUCUGCCAUGGGGAUUGAGAAUGAGGAAGAUGUCUAUCAGCUUGCUGAGUUCUUUGUGAAGUUCAAGCAGCAGCAGCAGCAGCAGCAGCAGCAGCUUCAAGAGGAAGAAGAGGGAGAAGCAACCAGCGGACAGGAUGACCGUAAGGAAGGUGAAGAUCUCAUACAUCCCAAUGAUGUCCUGGUGGCUCUCAAAGCCUUCACUUCUCAGCACUGCCGAAUGAGGGACACCCAGGCUGUUGGGCAGAGCAGUGUGAGUGUGGUGCCCAGGAGCGUGUGUGUGGAUGUGCAGUACUGGGAGAGCAUGGCCUGCAUCAUCAGCCCCGCCAAACUCACCGUCUGGAACUCACUGGAGAAAGCCCUGGAGAAAUAUCACACCAUACUGACAGAAAGGUCCAAGCUUCUGGUCGACACACAGAAACUCAGACAGCAGAACUCAGAACUCAAAAUGCUGCUUCACCAAUAUGUCAACUCCAGGGUGAAUGUUGAGCUGGAGAUCCCGCCCACUCAGGUAAUUCAGAUCGUCAAGAAUGAUGUCUUCAACAGCCAAUCAGUGCAGAGGACUAUGAAGCGCUGAGAGACUAAUACAAAUCUACUUUUAAUGCAUACUGCUCAUUGAAUGCAGCUCUAGAUGGAAACAUAUGUUUUG